AUGAUCUGGCAUGAUGACUUGCUCCUGACCGUCACAUUGACUAGCCUUCAACCCUUGCUCCUUUCGACCAUACCAUACAUCGAACAACUUAAGCUGGCAGCACCACGCGCCUCUGCGGGAAGUACCUCUUCCGACUACUUCGAGGACGAUGAUCCCGAAUUCCUCGCCGCACUCAACCACAUCGCGCUUCCCGGCGAUGUCGUCUCAGUCACCGCACCAGCCCAGAUGGGAAACUCCGACUCUGAAUCGGACUUGGAGCCUCCGCCUCCGGCACAGAUGGCCAGACCGCUGAAGCGGCGGCACGAAUUGCCCGACCCGGUGGAUGAGGAGGUCUACGGAGAGGCGCAUUUCGGGGGAUUUGGAGAAUACAUGCACCGCAAGCGGGCCAAGCUCCAAAUCCAAAACUCGGAAAGUGGGGCUGCAAAAAGUGGGAUAUUCAAGGGUGUUGCUAUCCAUGUAAAUGGAUGGACUUCACCUUCCGUACAGGAGCUGAAACAGUUAAUUAUGGACCACGGAGGCAUCUUUCAGCCGUACCUCGAUAAGAAAUCACUUGUAACGCACAUUAUUACAUGUACUCUAACGGAAGCUAAACGACGGGACUUCAAGAAUAUGAAGAUCGUACGACCUGAAUGGCUUAUAGAGAGCGUCAAAGCGGGGACGCUUCUCUCAUGGAGGGAUUUUAUGUUCCUCGGACCGACCUCGGCGGCAGGCCACACAGUGUCGAGCACGCCCAGUCUACAUGCGCAAGCUGCUCUGUCUAAUCAGAGCGAGCUUCCGCGGUAUGCAGCAGUUGGCUCAAAUCCAAACGCAAAACGCGCUAUGGCCGAUUCAUCCUGGCGUGCGGCUCACACAUCUGCUGCACCCGAUUUUAUACAGGGUUAUUUUGAGCAUUCGCGACUCCACUUUCUGUCGGCGACCAAGGCCGAGCUCGUGCAACUAGUUCGGGAAGCGCAAAAUCGAGCAGAGAGCAACAAAACCGGCAAUCAGGAUGCAAUAGAAAUCAAGGGCAUUCCGUCGCCCGUCAAGGGGAAAGUCAGAGCCGGGGAAGACAGGGUCAUCAUGCACUGUGACUUCGACUGUUUCUUUGUGUCUGCCGGAUUACUUGCUCACCCCGAACUGCGUGGAAAGCCGGUGGUUGUAUGUCAUUCGCAAGGCGGACAGGGUGGUGGUAACAGUACUAGUGAGAUUGCCUCGGCCAGUUAUGAGGCGCGAGAUUUUGGUAUAAAAAACGGAAUGAGUCUACAGCAGGCUCAGAAGCUUUGUCCUGGUGUGCAGACCAUGCCUUACGAAUUCGAGAGAUACAAAUCCAUCUCUCUGAAAUUCUAUACGGUGCUCAUGUCGAGUGCAGACGACGUUGAGGCUGUCUCAAUAGAUGAGGCCUUGAUAGAAGUCACGACAUUUGUGCGGCGACUCCAGAAAACGAGCCUGUCCGAUGACCCUGCCAAAGAGUUCGCAGAUAACCUGCGCGCUCAAGUCAAAGAAGCGACGGGAUGCGAAGUCAGCAUUGGCAUCUCACACAACAUUCUACUCGCGCGUCUGGCCACUCGUCAAGCCAAACCCGCCGGCUCGAAGCACGUGAAGGCAACAGAUGUUCCAGAGCUCAUGGCCACCCUUCAAAUAACAGACAUCUGGGGAUUUGCACGCUCGCAACGGGAUAAAGCCCUCGAAAAGUUCGGCAGUGCCGCUCUUGUCGACCUGGCGAACAGGAGUCAGGCCACACUGUGUGAAGCAUUGGGAAAGAAAACUGGUGAACGCCUUUACAACACCAUUCGCGGGAUCGAUGAUACGCCGUUGCGGUCCGACAAGCAACGCAAAUCUGUGUCCGUGGAGAUCAAUUAUGGAAUCAGAUUUGAAGACAGCGCAGCCGCUCGCAAAUUCGUAUACAGCAUGGCAGAGAAAGUCGAAGAAAGGUUGAACGAUAUUCAGAUGCUCGGACGCUCCGUCAAUAUCAAGCUGAUGAAACGGGACCCUGCAGCCCCAGUCGAAGCACCCAAGUUCAUGGGCCAUGGCGUAUGCCAAGUCUUCAACAAGCAAGUGCCGCUGGCGUCUUCUACGGGUCGAGCGACCAAUGAUCGCAUGGUUAUCGGAGAGCACGCUUGGAGAGUCAUUCAAUCUUAUCAUUUCGACCCUCGAGAACUGCGAGGAAUCGGAAUACAGAUACAAAAGCUCGAACCGGCAACGGGGCCUGUGCCUUCCAAUGUCAACCAGAAAACACUAGGAUUCAAGCCGGUAGAAGCGGACAGACAAGUUCUCGAGACACUGCCUUUGGAAUUGCGACAGGAAGUCGAGCAAGAUUUACGACGAAUGUCAGAGUCUCCAUUUCCUGAAGAGGGUCCUGCUCGUGCACAAUCCAGACCUCAUUCAGGUCGCUUCUCCACCCGGAUUGUGCCGACUCGUUAUCAGCAGAACGCGCUGCGACUCCCAAACGGAGGUGGCAGCGGCUAUGUUAUUGACAAGAACACCAUCCACCCCAAUCGCCCAGCAAAUCCUUUCUUGCGGCCAACAGAUACGGAUUUGAAGGCACUGGGCAUUGAUCCAGAAACGUUCGCAGCCCUUCCGCGCAAUGUCAAACGCGAGCAGCUAGCUCUCGCACGGAUGGUCAAAAAGUACGGGGCAGUGCCAGAGGUGGAUGACACGCACAAAGUGCAUAAACCCCGCAAGUUUUUACCGCCGCCGGAUCUUUUCAGGCAGCCUCCCCCGUUUGCGAAGUAUCCUGAACCUCCGAAAAUACGGAGACCCGGCCCUAAGGGUCAAAAGCCGUUCUUCUCCGAGAAGGAUGAUGUUCAAGACUUGCUCGGGGCGUGGAUCGACGCGUUCAAGAGGUUCCCGCCGGAGGAGAAAGACGUGAACCGAUUGGCUGAGUUUUUGGUCAGCUCAGUGGACAGCAAGGUGUCAACUGAUAUCGGUGUCGAGCGGGCCGUCUCGGUCAUGAAAUGGUGGGCAGUGUUGCUGCGACGAUAUUGGCAGGAUUAUGAAGUGAACGAGUAUUUACUCGAUGAUGCAGUGGACGAGGCCGCUGCUGUGGGCGAGGCCUGGUGGAAAGCGUUCCGGGACGUCAAAGAACGACUCGACGUCGUCGCGCGCAAGAAAUUCGGAGGGCGGUUGUCCAUCCGGUGA